GAAGCAUAUAUGUUUGUUAAGUUGACUGUCAUUAAAUAAAAUCUUUAGAGAUAACAGCUUAAAAGUAGAGGCGAAUAAACAGGCAAAAUAAUAUGAAUUUGCGAUUUUUAACCAAUAAAUGUGAACACAAGAAAUUACUUUUUUUUUUCCUUUUCUUUUUUUAAAUUUCGAUUUUUACUUUUAACAGAAAGCAAAAAAAGACUUCAUAUAUUAGGCUUUAUAGAUCUUGUGGAAUUCAUGAUUCAUGGAUAGGAAAAGAGCGCCAUUUUUGUCUUCUUCAGGCAUCCAGGUAAAAGGGGCCGAUUUCAGUUAUUUUAUACUCUGUACAAAGAGGACAUAAAAAAAUCCGUGAAAUAAAUCCAAAAUAUUUCCUUAGCUCCCCAUAAUUCACCGUACUUUCUCGUGCUUCUCCGUAUUUCCCGGUACUUUACCUAACUUCUCUGUACUUCCCCGUCCUCCGUAUUUCACCAUACUUCUUCGUAUUUCAUCGUACUUCCUCGUACUUUACCGUACUUCUCUGUACUUCCCCGUACUUUACCGUACUUUUCUGUAUCUCCCCGUACUUAACCGUAAUUAUCUGUACUUCCCCGUACUUCACCGUAAUUCACCGUAAUUCACCGUACUUCUCUGUAUUUCCCCGUACUUCACCGUACUUCUCUGUUAGUGUUGAGCAUAUUUCUCACAUAGCAUUCGGAGGUUUAGAAUCUGCUCAGUAGUGCCCCGUCCUUGUCUGAAGCCCUCCUUUGGUGGGGGGGGGGGGGGGAAGGGGGGGCGGCGUCUUGACUUUUCUCAAGUAAUUUGUUCCAAAAAUGUUAUUAGUGCUUUAGACUUUAGAACAUCAGACGAAAUAUUUUUAUGAGUUCAUGACAAGGUUCGAAUAUUAAUCAAGAAUAGACGUGACGAAAAUAACAGAUGAAGACCAUUCUUCAAAUCUUGCUGCUAACCUUUGUUUCAUGGGACGGGCUCGGAUACGUGCGUGAUUACAGACUCCAAAUUUUGGAGGAAUCGAUUUCUAAUACACCUUUGAUUUCCUCUUUUCAAUAUAUCAUAAAGAUUUAAGACUCGAUAUGAGUGAAAUUUGACAUUCUGCCCCGGUCCACUGUCAAUGGUAAAAAUUGUUUCAAUGGAUUUCUUUCCCCACUGCAGUUAAUUAAAACAAAACAACGGAAAUCUGCAGCUCUACAUGCGAUACCUGCCUGCCUUGCGAUACCUGCCUGCCUUGCGAUACCUGCCUGCCUUGCGAUACUGCCUGCCUUGCGAUACCUGCCUGCCUUGCGAUACCUGCCUGCCUUGCGAUACUGCCUGCCUUGCGAUACCUGCCUGCCUUGCGAUACCUGCCUGCCUUGCGAUACUGCCUGCCUUGCGAUACCUGCCUGCCUUGCGAUACCUGCCUGCCUUGCGAUACCUGCCUGCCUUGCGAUACCUGCCUUACUAUCGGUUAUUUUCAGCAUCUUUUUUUGGACCAUCUGUAUUCAUUUUUUGUCCUUGCGUUCGAAAUUUAUUUCAUUUAUUUAAAAUUAUUUAUUUACACCACUUUGUUGUUUUGUUGUGAUGUUUUGUUGUGAUGUUUUGUUGUGAUACUGUUUUGUUGUGAUGUUUUGUUGUGAUGUUUUGUUGUGAUACUGUUUUGUUGUGAUAUUGUUUUGUUGUGAUAUUGUUUUGUUGUGAUAUUGUUUUGUUGUGAUAUUGUUUUGUUGUGAUAUUGUUUUGUUGUGAUACUGUUUUGUUUUGAUAUUGUUUUGUUGUGAUAUUGUUUUGUUGUGAUAUUGUUUUGUUGUGAUAUUGUUUUGUUGUGAUAUUGUUUUGUUGUGAUAUUGUUUUGUUGUGAUAUUGUUUUGUUGUGAUAUUGUUUUGUUGUGAUAUUGUUUUGUUGUGAUAUUGUUUUGUUGUGAUAUUGUUUUGUUGUGAUACUGUUUUGUUGUGAUAUUGUUUUGUUGUGAUAUUGUUUUGUUGUGAUAUUGUUUUGUUGUGAUAUUGUUUUGUUGUGAUGCUGUUUUGUUGUGAUGCUGUUUUGUUGUGAUGUUUCUUUGUUGUGCUGCUGUCUUUUUAAUUUUUUUGUUUUGUUGUGAUGUCAUCACAAUUUAAAAUCGGACAACUGCGAUCAAUUUCCGAACAGGCUUAUUUUAUUUAUUCUCAGCACAGUUAACGAUUGCAACACAGAUUUUAAGAGAGCUACAGCUACACCAAGAGACAAGAGUUUUGUGUCUGAAUGAAGAAUUUAUAAUUUUUGUUUUUUGGCAGUGAUAGGCCUAUGCUCUUGAUAGGCCAGAGCUCUUGCACUGAUGAAAAGUUUUAUAUUAAUAACUAAUGUCUAUGAGAUAAAUGAACUAAAUAUUUCUUCCCACAUUUAUGACAGUUACAUAUAUUUAAAUAAAAGCUAUAUACUUAAUCAAUAUGGUGAAAACCUAAAAACUUAAAAACAUAGGCCUGGCAUGGUAAAUCAACCACUGACUCCGACCCACAAAUUUAUGAAUAAAUUAAAAAAAAAAACAACAUUUUGUUUCAGAAAUAUGGAUUGAUUUUUCUAAUCGUGUUGUUCUUGACUGCUGCCAUACAUCAUGUUUGCAGUUCUAGCGAUGUUUCCAGCUAUUUCAGCAUAGGGUGAGUUAAGCCCCUUUAGGUCUGUUGGAUAGCAACUCAAAACAGAUUUCAAACUGAAGAUAAACUAUCUCUACGUAUUAAGGCUCAGCUGAGGCGAAAAUUCAUUAAUAUGACAGUGGAAAAAAAGGUGCAUUCAGGCUUUAAAAAAAAAUUUAAAAAAAAAAAUGGGGAGAUAACUUAGAAACUUUCGAAAACUUAAGAACACUUUUUUUUUUUUAGCCAUGAGCCCUUAAAAUAUUGUCGACUUGAAUGGUUUAAAGAAAGUGGACAUUCCUCAAACUAAUCCAGAGACUAUGCUCUAAAGCAGGGUACCCAAACGAUGGCUUGCGAUCAGAUUGAGCCCGCUGGGUUUCCCCAUCCCGUCCCGCCUGGCCUCCUUAAGGGUACCUGGGUAGCAGGGAUAAAUGUGCAACCGGACGACGUGGACUAUCUCAUCAACCAAAACAUCAGGUCCACACCUCCUAAUUGAAAUACUUAAAAGUUUACGUUGAUGAAAGUUAUUAUUAAUUUCAAGCAUGCCAUUGUUUUCCCCCUUUGUUUUGCCCUACGAAUAGGAUAUGUGCAGCGGACAUAGGCAUUCGAUCAUAUGUUUUUCAAACUAUGGUCCGGGCCCCUAAAGUGUUUGAGGGACAGUGAACCGACCCCGUGUUUAAACGUUUGAGGACACCCUGCUCUAAAGUUUAAAUUUAUCAAACAUACUUAUAAACAUUGAAACAAAUCCGCGGUUAAAAUAGGUGGAAAGGUGGAUUUUGUGGGGGAGAUAUCUGGGGAAUUGCCAGGGGAGAUGUCUGGGGAUAAGUUUUUUUUAUAUAACUUUUGAAGAUCAAAGUGCCCCCGGGUUGUUUUGUUCAGUAUACGCCUCUGCAAUUCACAUGAGUCAUUUCAAACCAAAUGCAGUUUCAGAGGAGUUCCCGAUAAUCUGGCCAAGAGGAUGAAGUAUCAGAGGGACACCAUCUCUUUCCAACUGAACAACUUGAUGAAGUUGUACGGACAGCAAAAUUGCCAGAUUCACAAACUAACAAUGGUGAGUUGAAUCACGUGACAGUUCUUCUGCUUAUACGCGUGACGCAUACAUCUCGUUACUCUGAGCUCGUGAUUAGGCAGUGGCAUCCAGAGUUAUAGGUCCUGAAUGGUGAAAGCAAUGCACUGAGCGACCCCCCCCCCCCCCCCCCCCCCCCCCCCCGAAGUGCUGAGGGGUAUCACAAAGACAAGUUAGAACCCCUAUUAAGGCAUUUAACACGUACCCAUGGCCGAACUAAGAAUUACAUUAUAUGGUCAGUGGGAGACAUGGAUGUAUACGCCAUAACAACAAACAUCCUUUUUUUCCGGUGGAUUGACCAAAGUGGUGUUUUUUUGUCCACCAUUAAACGUUUCAAAUUUGUGUGUGUGGUUUUGUUCCUGUUUUUGUUGAAUAUUAAAUGAAAAUUUGUAAUGUACAAUAUCAAAAUGUGUUCGCGAGCCAUGAAAAUCUAUUAUUCCAGUAUAAUAAACGUGUAUAUGUUUGCCAAGUUUUGAUCACAUAUCGUUGUCGUCUUUUUGUUAAGACAGACUUUCGCAUCUCAGACAACGGAGGCUGGUGCGAGGAGUCCAGCCGCCCAGGCAGUCGAUUACACAGCUGGGAUAAGGUAACGAAAUAGAACGCAAAUAUUUGUUUGAUUUAAAAACCUCCUUGAAACUCAACGUUUUUAACCUUAAAAUUGGAACAAAUAUAAUACAAGACGGUGAAAAAACGCAAUGACGUCACGGCUUGUUUUCAAACAGCCUUGAAAUAAAAACCAAGAGUUUUAAGGUAUUUUAGUUAUUAUUGAAUAAUUCUCACACGUCCUAGCUACAUUAAAUAUUUUCUGAAUAAACUUCUUUCAUUCACUUGUCAUUUUAAUAUACCCCUCAAGAUGCCCAGCCAUUUGAAGGUGCAGGAAAUAUCGAACAAGAACACAGGGCUAAACAAUUGGUAUACAUUUUUUUUUACAAUACGUUUCGAGAGAUAAAGAUACAAUUUCUUCUUUAGGGAUUUUCUAUAGCGCUGAGCGAGUUUCUGAAGGGGAAGACGGUGGGCAGUUUUGGAGAUGGCCCCGGGGAUUACAAGAAACACUUGGACUCACUGGGUCAGAUGAAGAGUUAUACAGCUUACGAUGGGGCACCGUACGCCGAGGAAGUGACCAAAGGAUUGGUAGGGCAAACAGUUCUUAAUAAACGUUAGAAUAAACGUUAGAAGAUUUAGUGACCACAGAUUGUCAAGAUGUGCUUAUUUUUGUUUUUGAAAUAUUAAGUAGGGUAGAAGGAAGUGUAACAAGACAGUCGCUUUCAGGUGCAAAUAUCCCCUCCUUCCUGAAUUGUGCCAGCCACCCCCUCCCACCGUGGACAUUGGUCAAUUCUGCAUGUAUCAGAUUGCACCGUUUCUUUCAGACAAAUUUCCCCAGGGGUGGGGGGCAAUGCUGAUGAUGGUGGGUAAUGCCAGUGGCCUUGGAUGGGGGCCAUUGACCACCAGUGUCGUUUUUUUUCUUUUUAUGGAAGGCAGCAUUUUCAACUCACUGCACAGUUUUUAUAUUGGCAUGGGUGGCUAAAAUCGGCACUAACCAUAUCCACGCCUUUGGGCAGUUAAUCUUAUCAACCUCAACUUUGGGUACAGACGACGAGGGCCAACAGGGUCCCUUGCUUAACAUCAAAUAAAUUAAUUCAAUUUUUUUGCCACCCCUUAUGGCAGCGUCUCCCAACCUUUUCUCUCCCGUACCCGUUGAUUAGACUCCUAUUAAAAUAUAAAUUCUCUCAAAGGAAAAUUGAUAAAAAAAAUCCCAACAAUUUUUUUUGCCGUUUUCCGCCAUUAAAACAAUAUAAUUUUUGCAUACUCCCAAGCGGCCCCCAGGGAUGCAAGGAGGGGGCAUUUUUAGGAGUUGGGGUGGGGGGGAUCAGGGCAUCUAUCAGCGCGCAAAUUAGGCAUGCAUGACCUGAAUGCAUUCAAAUUGUUGCAUGCACAAUGUAUUCUUUUGGUCUCAUAUUAUUUUUGCCCCACUCAAGUGUAAAUAGAUAAUUGUGUGGGGGAGGGUGAAAGCAGCUGUGGAGGUUGCCUAUGGUUCCCACGUGAAAGCGUGGGGGUGGGGGGUGGAAAGACUUGGGAAAGGGCUCACUGAGGCUUUCUCCUUGAGCUCUUGAUCCCUUGAAUUGCUCCGAGAGGGAGGGUUGUGGCGAUGGAUGGCAGCCCAAACAUUUGACUGGAGUUCAUUCCUCAGCUAGUCCCCAAUUUUCAAAAAAAUAUUUUUGUGUAUAUUCUCCUUUCCCCAAACUAAUUUUGUGAUUUGGAAACAUUCAAAACCCACCCCGGGGGCCCCGGGGUGCUUUAGAAGAUCAGGAUAAAAUAAAUGAUUAUUUGGGGGAUAGAGUUGAGUUGAUAGUCAUGUAAACACUAUUUAAGGCAUUCUAUCAAGCUGUAAAUAAUGCUAUGUGAAUCAGAAAUUAUGUCAAACCUCUACAACGAUAAGGACAAGAACUCAAGUCCAAAAGGGUUUUUGGUUUUGUUGCGUGCUUUUUUUCUUCCAAGUUUUCCCAUACCUUGUUUCACAAUAUUCCCUUCUUGAUUUCCAACCACGGUUAAUCUCGCGAUGUCUUGAAUCAAUUCUCGUAAUUUAUCUGAAAUUCAUUUUGCAUUUAUUUGUGUAAAAUACACAAUAAUAUGAGGGAAUUGUUUCAUAAUUUGUUUAUUAAAAAAAAUUCUUUAAACAAUAAAAACUUUUUGAAAUAAUGGGAUAAUGUUAUGAAGUAACCCAUACAUCAGAAUUAACUUCUUCCAUAGGCAAGUAUCGUUCUCUCGUCUGUUCGUGCACUCAAGAAAUUUAAAUAGCUUUUAUUUUCCUCAGAAUUCUAAACCUCCAAAAUACCGAAUAUACCAAAACUCUUAUGAACUACCCUUUAUGAAGCAAUGAAAUAGAAAACCGUUUUCCCCCUCAGGUUGAGUUCCUUGACCUGUCCGCACCUCAGUACGGGUUACCAAUUUUCGACUGGGUGGUGAGUGUUGAGGUCGGCGAGCACAUUCCGGCCAAAUAUGAGGAUGUCUACCUGGACAACUUGGUCAGACAUGCCAGGGAGGGUCUUAUAAUCAGUUGGGCAACCCCAGGUUGGUGUAGACAACCCCAGGUUGGUGUAGACAACCUAAUUUAUAACAUAUAGCUUGGCGGAGUUAAAAAAAAACAACAAUACACUUUUCCAUUAAGUGGCUUUUGUGAUACCUUUCCAGAAAUUUAUUAACAACUUGAUCAAGGUUUGGAUUGUUUUAUUUUUAAAAAAUAUAAUCUUUUAAAAUCCAAAGAUAUCAAAGAUUGUGUCCUUUUAGAUCAUGCUUUUUCGGCCUUAUUAUAAUCCACGUUAAUUUGGCGUUCAAACUAAUAUCUGUUUUAAAAAUAUUCAACAGGACAGAAGGGUUUAUCCCAUGUCAACAACAAGCCCCUGAAUGCAGUCAUCAAGCAGUUGGAAAAGAGGAAUUUCCACAUUGACAUCAAAGCUGGGGAGCCACUGAGGAACGCCUCCACAGUUUUCUGGCUUCAAAAGAACAUCCACGUCUACUACCGGGCGCCACUUUCUUCCCUUGUUGAAGUGGACGCAUGAUGGUUGUGACGUAGCCUAACAAAAAAAAACCUCUAUAUAAUUUAAUUGAUCAACUCUAUACAAUGCCACAAUUGAAACACAGGCUUAAAAAAAACACACACACUUCUGCAGACAAGCUUUCAACAAAACACUUCUGUAGACAAGCUUUCAACAAAACACUUCUGCAGACAAGCUUUCAACAAAACACUUCUGCAGACAAGCUUUCAACAAAACACUUCUGCAGACAAGCUUUCAACAAAACACUUCUGCAGACAAGCUUUCAACAAAACGCUUCUGCAGACAAGCUUUCAACAA